CAAAUAUAUACUUACCUAUGUUUUUGGUUAAAAAUUGGACUAUGACAACCCAAAGUCCAAUUUUUAACAAUGCUCUGGAAAUCGGCUAGGUACUAUUCAAUAAUACUUUUAAUAAGUUUAUUUCAUUUUCUGACUGUUGCAAACAUCUAUAAUAGUACAAACAGAAAAACUGGAGCGGUUAAAUUUCAAUAUAGAGGAUCACAAUAUGGUAACCCACUUACCAUUUUAUCAUUAGGAACUCCUCCACAAAACUUGAAUUUCUCAUUGAAUUUUGAUUCGAAUAUUGUGUGGGUCAUUUCAAAGUUGAAUCCGUACUGUUAUGACAAUAAUUUUGAAACCUAUUCUUAUUACAACAAUUUCUCAUAUCCUAGCGGUGAUACUAUUGUGAAUUACUGCUAUAAUUAUGGUGUAUUUAUAGAGUAUGAUUCAAAUACAUUUAAAUUUGCUAAUCCUAACGAUAAUCCAAUUUUAUCGAUCAACUCUUCAUUGAAUUUAAAUUCCUCGGAUCUAACUGUUGCAAGCGGUUUAUGGGGAAUGGAUACUUUGCAUUUACUUGAUAGUACCAGUUGGGAAGAUUUUGAAUUUGGAUUAGCUUUGUCAGUCAAUAGUUUUGUUGGGAAUUUAGGUAUAACAUCAUUCAAUAUCACAGAUAAAACUUCAAAUUGGUACAACAAAACCAGUCUAAUUGAUUUAUUAAUUCAACACAACUUGAUUGAGAGAAAAGUAUUGACUGAGUAUUUCAAAUACGACAAACUUAAUAGCUAUAAUUAUAAAGGAAGUCUCUUGAUUGGAGGCAUUGACCCCACAAAAUUUCAAGGAAAUUUGACAACCAUACCAAUGAUCAAUAGAUAUGAUCAAAAUCUCAAGCCAGAUAUACAACAUUUGGAUGUCACAUUAUCAUCAUUCUCAAUCAAAUUAUCCACUAAAAUUUUGCAAUUAGACUAUAAUAAUUCAUAUUCAGAGAGUUUGUUUAAUUAUGCAAUUUCGGAAUUAAACACCACACAAGUAAAGCAAAUUGAUCAUAUUGAUGGUGAUAACAAAUCCGAAGCAAUAAUAACAUUAACUGAUAGACUAUAUCCAAUAUCAUUAUCUCAUGAUGGAUCAAAAUCAUAUUUACCACCAGAUAUAUAUAAUACAUUCUUGAACAUGAUUGCUCCUUUGGAUAUUGAUUUAAGAUAUACACACGAUAACUAUACAACCACUUAUAAUAUAUUAUAUAAUUUGGAAUGUUUUUUUUCAUUCAAUCUCUCCGGUUUCAUGGUCGAUAUACCAAUUAAUAGAAUAGUAACCAAUCAUAAAAAUGUAAGUUAUUAUUACGACAUGAAUGAUGUGGUACAUGAAAAGAAACAAGGUAUUGUUUAUUAUAACUUCGAUUUUCGAAAAAACCCUCAUGGCGACUUUUUUAUAUUAGGUAAUUUCUUUCUUAAUGAAUAUUAUGCUGUGUAUGAUUAUGAUCGGUACACCAUAUCAUUUGCACCAGCAAUCUAUACAAAACCCAAUCAAUUCCUAGUUGAUGAAGAAUUAGAUGAAUACAUUGAAAAUUAUCAGGAAUAUUUGGAUGAUGGGCAGAUUGAUUACAACGAGGUUGAAAUUGUGUCCAAAAACCAGAAAAUCCCUCGAGCAACAAAGGCCAAAUACUAUUCAAAUUCAUACUUUGAGUAUGUCACUUCAUACAUCAACGUCACAACAUAUCCUGCUACCCAAACAUACACAUACCACAAUUACACAUUAUACUCGUCAUACACCUCAAAGAUGUUUUUCAAAUCCACUCCAGUUAGAACAUACAGCCACUACAUAACAACAUCAAGUGGCAAUGGGCCUUGGACAAAAACAGUAACAGUAACUAUUAAUGAAGGUAGUGAGGCAGUAGUUUCGUUCAAGGAAAGCAUCAGCAAUUUGGGAUUCACAAAGGCAUUCACCACAGUAUCACAUCACAAUGGAACCAACGUUGAGUUUAUUGGAAAUAGAAACCACGGAUCAAGAAUAUUAUCAAUGAAUUUGCAAACACUAUAUAUUUUUGCUGCCAUUUUCGUUGGCUUUCUGUUGAUAGUAUAGAUGGAAUAAUAAUUUUAUUAUUGUCAUGGCUAAAUUUUGUCACUUUUCUUUUGUUCUAAUUUUUUGUGUUUUGAUUUUAUAUGACCUGUUACUUUUAUAAUUAAUUUAAAAUUGUUAGUUGUUUUUUUAGGUAUAAAAUGAAGAUUUACAAAAUUAGCUUUGGUUGGUAUGUUUAAAAAUCCAUAGAGCUCUUAUUUUCAAAGCUUUUUUAG